UUUCGAGAGUUUCCAACCACGAGGCCUCUUUCUCCACAAGGGACAAUGCCAAUAUGUCAACAAUGAAUAGACCAGCUUUAAAGACAUCCACUGUCACUGCGAAGAUGUCCUUCAACAGCAGCUCAAAGGCGCUAGCGAAGGGCGAUGACUCUCACAUUGAUUUCAUCAAGCCAGUGGAUCUCCGUCCUGAGCCGCUUGUCAGAGAUGACUACAUUGUCAAGAUCCCUUCCAUAUCCACGGAGGCUUCUAAAAACCCGGUGACUCCACUUGAAAAGGAGCUUCAGGGGUUCGAUCUGUCCUCAAUCAACUCCACUGUUUUCAGCACUCUCAGUAAUACCAAGGUUGUGGGCUCCAUGCUUAGCGACUUCCUCCAUCUCGAAUCAAAGGCCGAGGAAGAGGAGUACGUUGAAAAGCCUUAUGAGUACGACAACAGCGAAAUUCCAAACAGCGACAAGACCUUCUUUGCAGCCUUUGCCGGUAUCACUGCUCUUUGGUUCUUCUUGAAGCCAACAGAGAAGAAAGAACACUAAUCUACUUGGUGCUGUACUACAACUU